GGACGUGCUCCGCCGAGUUGCCAGGCGCGAUUACGUUGGUUUUUUCCCCCCACCCACCCCUUGAACUUGUUGCUUGGCUCUCGGUGGUGGCGGAGGGGGGUGGGGGUGGGGGAAAGCCUUAUUAUUGAUGUCCCUUUGGAUGCGAUCAAGCUUUCUCAGGAGCAACUACUUCCCCGCCGUUCCCGGCGGGGCGCGGAGAUCUAGCGGCAGAGCCCGUAUUUCCAAAAGUCUCUAUGCAACUGAGCGCUUUCGCCAGACUUUCACAGUGGCUGCACCAGAACUGGGUCUAGAUUGACUCACUCAGCUGUAGACCAUGGCAGCAGGAGUAGCAGCUUGGUUGCCCUUUGCCAGGGCGGCAGCCAUAGGAUGGAUGCCAGUGGCCACAGGUCCCAUGCCAGCUGCUCCUCGGCAGGAGAGGAAGCGAAGCCAGGACUCUCUGAUUGUGCUGAAUGUGAGUGGCAUCCAGUUCCAGACGUGGCUGGACACCUUAGAGCGCUAUCCUGACACUCUGUUGGGCAGUUCGGAGCGGGACUUCUUCUAUCACCCUGAGACACAGCAGUACUUUUUUGAUCGGGACCCUGACAUUUUCCGCUACAUUCUCAACUUUUACCGUACUGGGAAGCUUCAUUAUCCCCGCCAGGAGUGCAUCUCAGCUUAUGAUGAGGAGCUGGCCUUCUUUGGCAUCAUUCCUGAGAUCAUUGGUGACUGCUGUUAUGAGGAGUAUAAGGAUCGCCGGCGUGAGAAUGCUGAGCGCCUGCAGGAUGAUGCUGACCAGGAUAAUGCAGCUGAGAGCUCCCUGCCCUCAAUGACAGCUCGGCAGAGGAUGUGGCGGGCUUUUGAAAACCCACACACCAGUACACUGGCUCUGGUCUUCUACUAUGUCACUGGCUUCUUCAUUGCUGUCUCUGUUAUUGCCAACGUGGUGGAGACAGUCCCUUGUGGGGUAAGCCCAGGUCGCAUCAAAGAGUUGCCCUGUGGAGAGCGCUAUGCUGUGGCUUUCUUCUGUCUGGAUACUGCCUGUGUCAUGAUCUUCACAGUUGAGUAUCUCCUACGUCUGCUGGCAGCCCCUAGUCGCUACAAAUUCGUGCGUAGUGUCAUGAGUAUCAUCGAUGUGGUUGCCAUCAUGCCGUAUUACAUUGGCCUGGUGAUGACAGAUAACGAGGAUGUCAGUGGAGCUUUUGUGACACUGAGAGUCUUUCGUGUCUUCAGGAUCUUUAAAUUUUCACGCCACUCACAGGGGCUGCGCAUUCUGGGCUACACGCUCAAAAGUUGUGCCUCGGAGUUAGGCUUUCUCCUCUUUUCACUCACUAUGGCCAUCAUCAUCUUUGCCACAGUCAUGUACUAUGCAGAGAAAGGUUCCUCAGCCAGCAAGUUCACCAGCAUCCCUGCAGCCUUCUGGUACACCAUUGUCACCAUGACAACACUUGGAUAUGGUGACAUGGUGCCAAAGACAAUAGCUGGCAAGAUUUUUGGUUCAAUAUGCUCCCUGAGUGGGGUCUUGGUCAUUGCUUUGCCAGUUCCUGUAAUUGUCUCCAACUUCAGCCGUAUCUACCACCAGAAUCAACGAGCAGACAAGCGCAGGGCACAAAAGAAAGCCAGACUUGCUCGAAUUCGUGCUGCAAAGAGUGGGAGUGCUAAUGCCUACAUGCAGAGCAAACGAAAUGGCUUACUGAGUAACCAGCUGCAGCAGUCCUCCAAUGAAGAAGAACAGGCCUUUGUUAGCAAAUCUGGCUCGUCCUUUGAAACACAGCACCACCACCUGCUUCACUGCCUGGAAAAAACUACGAACCAUGAGUUCGUGGAUGAGCAAGUCUAUGAAGAGAGCUGUAUGGAAGUUUCUACAGUCAACAGACCCCCAAGCCACAGCCCCUCUCUCUCAUCUCAGCAAGGUGUUACCAGCACUUGCUGCUCACGAAGACAUAAAAAGACUUACCACAUCCCAAACACCAACAUCAGUGGCAGCCGCCCAGGCAGUGUACAAGAGCUCAGCACCAUCCAGAUCAGAUGUGUGGAGAGGACGCCUCUGUCUAACAGCCGUUCCAGCUUAAAUGCCAAAGUGGAAGAGUGCGUUAAACUAAACUGUGAGCAGCCUUACGUCACUACAGCAAUAAUUAGCAUCCCGACACCUCCAGUCACCACACCUGAAGGAGAUGAUAGGCCAGAGUCUCCUGAGUACUCGGGAGGAAACAUUGUCAGAGUAUCUGCUUUAUAAAAGGAGUUAUUUCUAAACUAGCAUAAAGACCACUUGCAAGCUGAGCUCAAGCAGUGAGGAAUGAGAGCUGACAAAGACAAUGCCCCUUGACGUGUGCGCCAACAGCUGCAAAGCAAGAGGUGUGGGAGAAACGCAACACUCUGUGGGUUUCAGUGUCAUAGCGUGUGAACCAAAAGGAGUUUCUUAUCCAUUGUCCGAACAAAGGCGCAGUGGAAUCUCCUGUGACCAUCCUGACUUACUAUAUGAGCACAAUGAAAUGCCCCCAUUGAUGCUUCUUCUUAUAGUGAGAGCUCUUUUUAGAAAAAAAAAAAAAAGAAAAAGAAAAACCACAAAACAAAAAUAGAAACAAACCUGUGUUCCUGCCGAAUGCAAAACAAUGAGAAACAUUUUGAUAAAGUGUCUUCUUUUUUUCCUGUUAAUAAACCACAAACUUGAUGAGGAACUAUCAAAAAAUGAAAGAAAAAAUGCUCAUAUGAAAUAUGUUUGUACUGACUGAAAGAACUGCAACCAUAAUGCAUGCUGAAAUUAUUUGGAGCUGUGAUCUUCAGUUACUUUUGUUGUUUUUCAGAUUAGGCAUGAUAAAAUAUUACUGUAGAAAGGGGCAUUUCCGAGCACUUACAACAAGCUGAUUGUUGAUGUCCCAUGGUAGUUGUACAAAUAACUUCCCUUUGAAAAAAUGCAGCAUUUCUUAUUCAAACACUCAUUAGUGAACUAAAGGUGUUCAGUUAGUUCAAUAUUUAUUAUUGUUUUAUCUUGCUUCCUAGGUACUGUUACAACCGCAAUAAGUCAUUGUACACCUGUUGUAUCAGGAAUCAGGAUUCCUUUUUUUAUUUAAGGUAUUUUACACAACUUCAGCUACACGAUAAACUUUUAAUGGCAAACAUUUAAAUAAUCUUACAGCCAAACCGUGCACCACAAACGAGCUAUUCAGUCAUUGUUCUUUUUGUCCACUGUCCUCUAUUUCUGUAAGUUUGUCACACACUCCAAUGAUGCCAUACUGUUUAGGAUUUCAAGGCUACUGAUGAAUCCAUACAGUCCUUUUGUCCAUAGACAUCUUGUCUUCUUCUGUAUUUUCAGAACAAACCUCUCGUCCCAGUGUACUGUUACAGGAUCAAUCAUAUCUGGAUUAAAAUUACUAUAAAGGUGUUUUCGGGAUCAGCUAACACUUAUCUCCAAACCUUCCUUGCUGACAUUCUACAGCAUCCAGAGCAUUAGCUAUGCUGGAAGACAUUCAGUAAAAUGACGGCUAAAUUCUUUUUGUCAUUAUCUGUAAACUUGCAUCCUAAAACUUGUUCAAGAAUUUAUACUGUGUGAAGAUAUUUAAUUACCUAAGAACACUGACAGAAUAAUGGAUUGGGCCCCAAAGCUAUAAAAAUAUGAUUUAUUGCAAUUGGAUUUGCCUACAUGGGCAGGCCUAAUAGCUAAUAUGAAGGCUUUACUAGUUAAGGCUUUUUGGCUUCAUUUUUAAAAGACAUUGAUGUUACCAGAAACCUUUCUGAUAAAAAAGUAUCAUUUUUUUUUCAUGAGAGUGCAUUAAAUGUACCACAAUGCUUCCUAUAUUAAUGACAUACCAUACAUUAUAUACAUCAAAUAUACAUGGAAUAUGUGCAUAUCAAUACAUACAUAUAUACAUCAAAAACACUGGAUCAGAAAAAAAUGCAUGUCUGCAAAAUAAAAUAUGCAUAUAAAUCAAAAAUCUCAGUGCAUUAGAUGCCAUUACAAUAAAUGAUUACCACAGUUACUUAAUAGUUUGAAUAGUGUAGUGUUUGCUAGCAUUUUACCAACCUGAAAAUUUACAUUAAGAGAAAUUACGCACUAAAACCUGAAACUUGCUGAUGAUACACUUUUUACUGCACACAAGUACUGAUCUUUCUCUUUACUUGACAGCUGAGAUCGAAGAGUAGAUGAUGGACUAUCAUGCUACAGUACAUACACCAAAAUACAACAUCCCAUACUAGAAUUAAAUGACAGUUAAAAAAGUACAAUGUCAUGCAUUAUUCCCUGAUCAUUUACUUAUAUAGAAGCUUGGUUAAUUUGCACUUAAUUUCCCAAUUUUUCCUCAAAUCAGGAUAAUUUACUGUAAUCUGAGCUUCUAUAUUUCUUUCAGACCUUAACAGUGGGCAGAAGCAGAGGCUGUCCUCUGCCUCUCUGUCCCAGAGGAGCACCUUCUGAGGAACUGCUGAAGUCGAUCGAUUACCUGACAUUGCUCUCCUCUCUUUCAAGCUGCUGAAAAGUUGCAAUAUACCUGCAGAAACUGGUGGGUUACAUAGUUUUAAUGGGGUUUAAAGGAGAGGCAGAAUGGACCCAGAGUUUUUACUUGCAUCCUACUUCUACCCAUGGUUACUCAUACAAAAACUGUUUCAUCCCCACCAGCUACUGUUACAAAAGCUGCCUUGAUACUAUCAAUCUGCAACAACUUCUUUAUGCCACAUGGUAUGUCUUGACUAGUUACAGCAGGUAAAUAAUGCAAAAAGGCAGUUACUAAAUCCACUUCAGGACAAACUACAUACAACCCAGGAAACCUACUGACUCCAUCAUCUUCUAAAACAUCUUCAUUCCCCUUUUCAUAUGGACUAAAAGGAAUGCACUACAGCAAUACACUUGCAUAACAGUGACACCCCUGAAGCAACUUGUACUUUCAUCUUUUAAAUGCAGCUUAAGGAAUAAUUUAGUAUAAUUUUGCAGAAUUCCAGUCCCGUCGCCUAAUUCCAUUUCACAUGCAAAAUCAUUAAUCAAUUCUGAAUUUGGGAAAUACACAUUCUUUUGGUGUUUUAGGUGAUUUAAAUGCUGUUUUAGUAAUGAAUGACUGUUGAUGACUGUGUAAAAUGCAUCUGUACUGUACAUGAAAUGUAAUUAUUUCUGUGUAUCAUACAAAGAAACCGAGGUUGUUGUUUUGACAAUUUUGUUUGACAGUCAUAUAUCGUAUUUCAGAAGGCAGCAUAAUACAUGUUAUGCUGAAUAAAUAGGCAUUUGAGGAGUAUUUAAAUAAAACAUCUGCAUGCUUGAA